AUGAGUUCAUAUUCUAAUACUAUCAACAGUAACGCUAACAAUAAUCCUUCAAAUAAUCCAAGUUCGAAUAACUAUCAGUUCCAACAACUCAAAGAAGAUUUAAUUUUUGAUCCUCAUCAAAUGCUGAUGUCAAUUCCUCAACAAAGAUUCUACAAUCCAACUUUACUUCAACCUCAAAAUCAAGCUGGUCAAGGAUCUACUCCACAGCAACAGCAACCUUCACAGAAUUCUCAGCCUCAACCUCAACCUCAACAACAACAGCAACAACAGCAGCCAUACCUAAUGAAUGUCCCUCAAACUUAUACUCAAUCACAACCUCAACAAUUGAUGUAUUCAAUGCCCCCACUACAAGCUCAACAACAAGGCGGAGGUGCUGGUAAUACUAAUGGUUCAAUGCCCCCUCCACCUCCUCAUCAUUCUUACCAGCAACAAUCUCCCCAACAACAACAACAAUUGCUGCAAAUGCAACAAUCUCAGACAAAUAAUAAUUCCCAAUUUUAUGAUUCUACGAUACCAAAUUAUUUAAUCAUGGGUCAAGGAAGUGUAAUACCAAAUCAAACUACAAAUCAACCAAAUAUAUCCUAUUAUAAUUAUGCUCCUCCUAUCCCUCCUCCAAAUGUCCAACAACAGCAACCACUACAAUCAAUUCCACCACAGAAAACUCAAACAAUCCCUCAACAACAAUCUUUACCUCCACCACCUCAACGUACUGUUCGAUCAAAACUGCAAACAAGUUUAAAUUCAGGUAAAGGACGAUCUAGGUCAAGUGUUGCAAGUAAUAAAGGAACCAAGAAACAAUCAUCAUCUCCAUCAUCAAUACCAAAUGGAGGUCCACCAUUGAAUAGUGUAAUAUAUCCAAAUUUCCCAGAACGAAUGCAACAAAUAUUACCGCCCCCACCAUUAUCACGAGCGCCUGUUCGUCCAGAUAUGUCAAUUAAUUUAACAUCUAAAAGAGCUAAAAGAAAAUCCAAAUUUACUCCCGAACAAGAUGAUUUAAUUGUUGGAUUAAAGAAAAAAGGGAAAUCUUGGGUUGAAAUUGCUGAAAUUACUGGUGUUGGAUCAUAUUUAGCUGCAAGAAAUAGAUAUCAAGUUAUUGUUGGACAACAAGGUAAUAAUAAUUCAAGUGCCUGGGAUAAUAAAGAUAAAUUAUUCUUACAUCAAUUAUUGGAUGCUGCGGAAUUGGAAAAAUGGAGAUUUAUUUGUUUAGAAUUGAAUAAAUCAACCAAUAAAAAUUUCACAGAUUAUGAAUGUCGUGAAAUGAUUAGGGAAUUGUUUUUUAAGAAUCCUGUUAGUUUUGGAGUUAAUGAAGAAACUAUAGCUGAAGCUCAAAGAGAAAAGAAAUUAACUGAAAAGAUUAUUGAUCAAAGAGAACAAUCUCGUAAGAAACGUUCAAAUAAUCAACAACAGCAUCAACAUCAACAUCAACACCAACAUCAAGCUAGUUUACCAUUUCAAGUUGAUGCAAAAUAUAUUGAUCCACAAUAUAGAAAUUAUCAAACUUCACAAUUUAUGUCAAAUAAUACUUCAGCUACAAAUAGUAAUACAUCAGGAGGUAUUACUAUAACCCCUCCUCAACAACAACAUCAUCACACUAAUCAAGAUCCGGCAUUACCUCCACCUCCACAACCUAUCCCACCAUCAUCUACAACUUCAUUAUCAAUGCAACAACAAAUAUAUAACAAACAAUAUUAUUAA